AUGACUUCCACGAUGCCGUCGUCCGACGUGAAGAACAAGUCGUCCUCUGAGCACAUUGACGUUGUCAAUGAGGUUGAGCUCAAGCCUCGAUACGAUGAGGCCAAGCUCGACAAGUUUGGUGCAGUGAUUGAGAUUGAUCCGGUGGAGAAGGCACUGAUCAAGAAAAUCGACAUUUACAUGAUGCCUAUUCUCUGGCUCAUGUACUUUUUGAAUUUUCUGGACAGAAACGCGAUGAUCAACGGCAAGCUGAACGGAUUGGACAAGGACUUGAACAUGAAGGGCACAGAGUAUAAUACCUGUGUAUCCAUCUUCUUCGUUGGGUAUCUGGUAGGACAAGUCCCCAGCAACAUGAUUCUAAACAGAGUCAAGCCAUCGUGGUAUAUGGCCGGAUGUAUGCUGGCUUGGGCCAUUGUGUCUAUCUUCCCUAUUAUGGCGAAGGACUAUCAUGGCAUGUUCGCGUGCAGAUUCGUUCUCGGUAUCGUCGAAGCGCCAUUCUACCCUGGUGCAAUCUACAUGAUCAGUCAAUUCUACACGCGCAAGGAAGCCGCAACCCGCAUGGCUUUCUUCUAUACCGGAAAUCUUCUCGCUAGUUCAUUCUCUGGCCUCAUUGCAGCAGGUAUAUUUGCUGGUCUUGAUGGAAAGCAUGGCAUGAAGGGCUGGAAAUGGCUAUUCCUAAUCCAGGGCGUCGUGACAGUUGGUGUCGCCGUCCUAGCCUUCUUCACGCUCCCCAACUCGCCCCUUCAAACCCGCUGGCUCACGCCCGAGGAGCGACAACUCGCACAUAACCGCAUCGCGCUCGACACCACCGAGAAGCGCGAGGCAACAAAUGUCUGGAAGGGUCUACGCGAAGCUUGCUUCGACUACCGUCUCUGGCUAUUCGCACUCAUGGGUAAUCUCCAUCUCUCCGCCAACGGGUUCAAAAACUUCAUGCCCACUGUCGUCAAGACCCUCGGCUUCAACACAACAAUCACCCUCGUCCUCACAUGCCCCCCAUACCUUCUCUCCGCCUUUGCCUCCGUCGCCGUAUCCUGGUCCUCAGGCCGCUUCAACGAACGCACCUGGCACAUCACCGCUUCCAAGGCCGUCGCCAUCAUUGGCUUCAUCAUCGGUACCACCACCCUCAACGUCGGCGCGCGCUACUUCGCCAUGUGUCUCUUCGUCGGUGCCGUCUACGGUGUAAACAACAUCAACCUCGCCUGGACCGCCGCGACAAUGGGCCAGACAAACGAGAAGAAGACGGUUGCCAUUGCCAUUGUAAAUACCUUGGGCAAUCUUUCGUUCGUGUACACGCCCUACCUAUGGCCUGAUUCCGAUGCGCCGAGGUUCCCGAUUGCAAUGUGGUCGAGCGUGGCGUUUUCGGCCGCAACGGUGGUGAUUGCGUGGAUUCUUAGGAUUGUGCUCUCGAGGGAUAACAAGAAGAUUCGCGAGGCAAAUCCGGAUGCUGUGAACUUUUAUGUUUACUAG